AUGAACAACGAGUCCAAUUUUGAUGAGACACUGAGCAGUGAUCCAGCCCCAUUCGGUCAAAUCACUCAUAGCAAUAGCAAUAAUCAAACCAAUUCGAUUAUUCUACACCACAGAUCAUUCUACCAGCUGUGGAAAAGUCGAGCACGAUUGCGUCGAGUAUCGCAUUUGUGUCGUGUGAUAUGUCCUUCCGAAACACCUGGUCUAUCAUUGGCACUAGAUCAAUCGACCCAGUGUUCACCACCCGCUCGUCAAUCACCGAUUCAACUGAUCGUUUAUCAUUUUAUCCCAAUGGUGGCACAAUCUCAUACAGAUUCAACCUUUCUAGCGGAUACUAAACCAGUGAUUUGCUCGUUCGAAAAAAUUCAUGCAGUCUGGUCAAUUCGCAGAAGACGUAUUUAUCCGGCUGGUUUACGCACACAAACUGUAUGUUGUGGAUUGUAUACCGGAGUACUGGAGCAAGAGAAGCUGCCCGUAUAUCAUCAGAUGAAACAGGUAUCCAUAGCCUACAACGAAACAAUGCAAUACUGUCAACCAUUCGAACAACCAAUCGCCGGCUUGUCUCAAAACCUCCCCACUAAUCAAUAUAUAUUCGAGUCAGUCAGUGGUGCAGGAUACGCUGAUGCGGUACAGGUUGAUCAGGUUUACUAUGAACAAAUCGCCUACGGUUUAAUCACCGAGGACAGUCCAUCGUUGUUGUGCAUUGAAUCAGGCGCUCAAACCGAAAUUUCACAUGAUUCGUUCAAUAUUCUUACUCCAAUCUAUUCGCUAUUUUCUGUGCAUCCCCAUCUUUCUAAACUUCCGAACUGGGGUUCAAAUGCGAUGACUGUUCAUCGCAUACAAGUGUAUGUGAUUACACGGUACAGUAUUAGAGCGGACAUUGUUCACAUGCCAAAAACAAAUUAUGCACGAUAUGUGAAGCUGCCAAUCGAACAAAGACGUCAGUGUAUGAGCAGUUUAGUCGGGUUGGGACAAUUCAGUCUACAUUCUAAAAACCUCAAACGUGCUAUGGAAUUCAUAAAACCUGCAAAUAUGCAGUGUAAACCUAAACAAACAUUAAAACUGUUACGACAGUUCUUCAAAUCUGUAUUCAAGCCGAAAACAAGACACAGUGACACGCACUCUGUGAAACAUCAAUCCACGCCAGCUGUAAGUAAGCUCCAGUCCAGUGCAUUGACUGAUUCCCGUUACAAUUUCAACUCAAAUGUAACACGUGUGAAAUAUGGUGUAAGAACGUUACGCGAUCCUUACGAAAACACGAUUCCUCUAUACCCUGUUCAAAUUGGUCGAGCGUUUAUCAGUCAAGUUUUAUUUAACGAUGACCAGGUGUAUAACGAUUUUCGAGCUACCACUCUGCUCCAAAAUACACCGAAUUCCCUUGAAAUAGCAACUAUGUCGGAUUCAAAGAUAAUCCGCACAGAAUGGUGGACACUUUAUCAAGCUUAUUCUGGCCAUGAUCCCUUCCGGGUUCAACGCGUCGGUCACGAACGGAAUCCACAACUGUGCCGAAUCGGUCGACCACAGACAUCGGCAAAUCAUACUGUGGAACAACCCGGUUGGAUCCGAAAGCGAUGUGUUCGAUCCCGGAUUUCAAGUCGACAUUAUUCGUUAAACGAAAAUGAUGUUUGCUCUUUGGCAGGUUCAAAACUGGCACUAACUCAGCACUGUCAUCAAUAUAUGAAACCACUAUUGAAUGACUUUACAGAGGUGACAGUAUUUCAAUCCUCGCCAUCCCUGUAUUUGAGUGUUCAUGAGGUAGAUAAUGAAGAGGAGCUCGAGUGGUGUAACAAAAGCCGAAUCAUGGAGACCAAUCCGACGGAUGUGACCCAAACUGAGCGUAUACCGCCCAGUUCACAAAUACAAACAAANAGUCACAAGGUGCACGCAUGA